UCAACUGAUUUCCUGGAAGCCUCGGCGAUCUAAAUAGUCUCGCCCGACCCUCUUGCCUUUGUACGUCCACUACCAGUGGCACCACGCUUCCCGACCUACCACCACUUCAUCCUCUUUCCUCGCAUCGCAAGAAUACCCUCUAUUGUUGAAGCCCAACUGGUGGUAUCUGAGCAUGGAGCUCACUUUUGUAACCGACCUCGGACAGUCGUUCGUGGUCGAGAUCGACCCGAACAUGGAACUGGAGAACGUCAUGGCCCUGCUUGAGGCUGAGUCCGAUAUCCCGCGACAAUGGCACAACUGGGUGUCGGAGACAGCGCGAUGUUGCUCCUCCGGCGGAAAAUCAACGUUGCAGGGAGGACGCCGAGAUGAUGCGGUUACAGCUCUUGGGGGACCCCGCGGUCAUGACUCAACUGCAACAAACGAAUCCGGAACUCGCUCAUGCCGCACAGACGGACCCCCACCGGUUCGCUGAGCUCCUGCGGCAAACACGUUCGCGGCACGUCGAGGCAGAGCGAGAGCUCGCUACGAUGGAGGCGAACCCCUUUGAUAUCGAGGCUCAGCGCCGGAUAGAAGAGGCGAUCCGGC